CUAGAUGAACCAGAUGAGGAGCCAGAGAAAUCCAUUUUAGAGUGUAAUGAAGUAAGCUCAUCUAAAGCAACCUCCCCUAGUGAUGAACCUGUGCCCAGAACACCGUUAGGGACCCUUGCCCAUCCAGGUUUUGUAGCUUCAACCCCAGACAACAUCACUUCUAAAAUCACCACCAGGCAAGGCAGCAAAACACAGCAGAAAACUAGCAAAGUUAUGCCUUUGGUUACAGGAGCUACAGGUGAGGACAGAUAUAAACCCUUCAGAUUAGGUGAUGUGCAGGCCAUUGUUGAUAAAAUGCCGCCGGUAGCAGAAGGAGGAGGACUGUGGUUAGAACAGAUGGGUAAGGUGACUGCAGGACACACGUUAGCUCUGGGUGACUUCAGGGCAGUGGCAGCCAGGUGUUUCACAGUUCAGGACUUGCAUGACAUUGAGGAGGCAGCCGGACUCAUGACAGAACAGGAUGACGAACCUUUGGCAGACUUUAUAUUCAACAUCAGUACUGUACUGCGAGAGCGAUAUCCAGUUUCUGUUGCAGCAGCCAUACCUAAGUUUUUGUGGAAGCCAGAUCAGCAUCCUAGAGCUUAUCUUGAGCAGUGUAAGGAGGAGUGGGUCCGUAAAACAGGUCAGCAUCCAGGCAGGGAUGAGAGCAAACAGUGGUUCAGGACAGCGGUGUUAGAAGGUGUUCCAGUUCUAGUGAAACAGAGAAUGUGUGAUAAUCCUGACCUUCCAGGAAGUGAUUCUCCAGUG